AUGUCUGUCUUUACCCCCCGCUUCCUGGUGGCCAGCCUGGGCAACAAGGAGCCUUAUGCCCAGUCGCUGCACUCUGCCGGCCAUUUCGCUCUUGCCUCCCUCCAGCGGACACUUGGACCCUCACAAUCGGCCUUCUCCAGAGACAAGAAAGACCGCUCCCUGCGUUCCGAUGGAACACCCUACACGCUCAAGCAGUCACCCACCUUCAUGAACGUCUCUGGUCCCUGGGUCAGUAAGGCCUGGAAGCAGCACCUCGCAGACCACAACCUCAAGCCGCAGGAGCUUGCCCUCGUCGUGGUCAGCGACGACCUCGAGGAGGCCUUUGGCGUCGUCAAGAUCCGCAAGUGGCAAGCCUCGCACCGCGGCCACAAUGGCCUCAAGAGCAUCAACAGCAGCAUCAAGCCAAGCAGCUACCCCGGCGCGCGGUGGCACCGCAUCUCCGUGGGGAUAGGCAGACCCGUGGACCGCGACCAAAAGACCGUCUCGGACUUUGUUCUGAGCAAGCUCUCUUCCCACCAGCUAAGCGUCAUCGACCAAGACGUCGGUUCGCGCGUGCUGGAGUGCCUCGAGAGCCUCCGCGAGGCGUGGGAGGCAGAUGUUGCCAAAGCCGCACAGGGGCCCUGA